AGAUAUAUGUGUUAAUUUUCUUUAACAACGCAAUUUUCGUUGUGAAUUGGUUCUUUUUAUGAUUAUUCUUUGAAAUCUUCUUUUGUUUGAUUUUGAUGCGUUAUGUGCUCAAGGCAGCCCCGCCGCCGUUGAUUUGUCAUCAGAUCAUCUGAGUAAAAAACUUUUGAGCACCUUUUUACUUAUGAAUACUCUAUUAGAUGACUUUGCCUUUUCUUUCCCUUGUUAGCAAGAGAUGGAACCUUGAAUAGCUAAUAAUUGCAAUUUCAAGUAUGGUUAGAUAUCCACAUUCCUCGAAGCAAUUAUGACGCUUCCAAUUUUUUCAUCAUAAGAUUGAAAUUUUCAAGGGUUGCGGAUGCUCAUUAUCACUUGGUUUUGAUGUCACAUGACUGUUUAUUCCAUGGUUUUGGAUUUGUAAGCAUUUACAAUGUCUUCGUCCUAUCUCCCAGCAACCACCGACUCAAUUGCUCAGGCCUUAGAAGCCAAAACACCAUCUGAAGCCAUCUCGAUCCUUUACCAUGUAAUAGAAAAUCCUGCAUCUGCUCCUGACGCUCUACGGAUUAAAGAGCAGGCCAUAACAAAUCUAUCUGAUCUUCUUAGACAAGAGAACCGAGCAGAGGAGCUCAGAAGCCUUCUGACCCAACUGAGGCCCUUUUUUGCACUAAUUCCAAAGGCAAAAACUGCUAAAAUUGUCCGUGGUAUAAUUGAUGAUGUAGCUAAGAUACCAGGAACAUCAGAUCUCCAGAUUUCUCUUUGCAAAGAAGUGGUGCAGUGGACUCGUGCUGAGAAGCGAACUUUCCUUCGCCAACGAGUUGAGGCAAAGCUUGCGGCACUUUUGAUGGAGAACAAGGAGUACUCUGAGGCACUGAAUCUCCUUUCUGGUCUAAUCAAGGAGGUCAGAAGGUUGGAUGACAAGCUUCUUCUAGUUGACAUAGACUUGUUAGAGAGUAAGCUUCAUUUCUCUCUUCGAAACCUGCCGAAAGCCAAGGCAUCUCUAACAGCUGCAAGGACAGCGGCAAAUGCAAUUUAUGUGCCACCAGCGCAACAAGGUAAUAUAGAUUUGCAAAGCGGAAUCCUCCAUGCAGAGGAAAAGGAUUACAAAACUGCUUAUAGCUACUUCUUUGAAGCAUUUGAAGCAUUCAAUGCCCUAGAAGAUCCCCGUGCUGUUUUUAGUCUCAAGUAUAUGUUGUUGUGCAAGAUAAUGGUGAGCCAGGCCGAUGAUGUUGCUAGUAUAAUAUCAUCCAAGGCAGGGCUACAGUAUGUGGGGCCUGAACUUGAUGCUAUGAAAGCUGUUGCUGACGCCCAUGCCAAACGUUCCCUGAAGCUUUUCGAGAUUGCUCUUCAUGAUUUCAAGGCUCAACUAGAGGAAGACCCAAUUGUUCACAGGCACCUUUCUUCGCUAUAUGACACUCUAUUGGAGCAGAACCUGUGCCGAUUGAUUGAGCCUUUCUCAAGGGUUGAGAUUGCACAUAUUGCUGAACUGAUUGAGUUGCCUGUAGACCAUUUGGAGAAGAAACUUUCUCAGAUGAUUCUUGACAAGAAGUUUUCAGGGACGCUGGAUCAGGGUGCUGGAUGCCUCGUCAUCUUUGACGAUCCCAAGACCGAUGCCAUUUUCCCUGCAACAUUGGAGACCAUCUCCAACAUUGGCAAGGUUGUAGAUAGCCUCUAUGUGAGGUCUGCUAAGAUAAUGGCAUAAGAGUCAAGAUUUACCGAUGCUUAUAUACAGCUUGCAACUCGGUUCUAGCCAAAAACAAGUGUUCAGUGACACUGGAUGUUCACAUGUUUUAAUGUUUCAGCUUUUAAUUUAAUGGUAUUGCGGCACAACAUUUGGUUCAAAAUAUGGAGUUGAUUCAGACAAUCUUGUGUUUGCUCACGUAUGCCGAGUUUUCUUUAUUUCAUAAACGAUAUAGAAUCCUAUUUAUUUCUGAUCACUGAAUUUUUAGUAUUUAUGAAUAUACCUUUUUUUCCAUA